AUGCCCGCUUGCAAUGUGUCGGUGAUGGCAGCGCACCACGGCAACCACAACCACCAGGCCGUCGGCCACCAAGGCCCCCAUGUUCCCCAUCCUGGUCAUCAUCCUUCUCAGGGACAUUUGGACCCGAACAGCGCGGCACAUUUUAAGCGACAGGCGAGCAUUCAUCGAGUGCGUGACAUCCAGAUCCAAUCCCUUACUGUAGAGAAUGACUACGAUAUCGUUAAAGAAAUCGGUGCCGGUGAUUACGGGAAAGUCCUUCUGGCAAAGCACAAGGUCACCGGAGAAGAGGUGGCACUGAAAGCCGUCCCUCGUGCCUCAACCACAUUAAAGGAUUUCCUCACCGAGUUUCAUUAUUCCUACUUCCUAUCUCCCCAUCCGAACAUCCUCGAUACGUACGACGUGUGCUUCGAAACUCCCGAACAUUACUUCUUUGCCCAAGAGGUGGCGCCUCUCGGAGACCUCUGGCACUCAAUUGAAUCAGCGAACGGUCUCGAUGAACAGGACCUCAAAGAGAUUCUCCGUCAAAUUGUUCCGGCCUUGGAAUUUAUGCAUAGUAAAGAUCUCGUGCACCGUGACGUACGCGCAGAGAACGUGCUGGUCUUCAAGAGUGACUUCACAAAGGUGAAAUUAACCGAUUUCGGACUGACGCGACGAGCCGGAAUGCUGGUAAAGAAACGAGCUAGGUCGUUACCUACGUGUCCGCCUGAAAUCUGGGAAAUGCUGAGCCUUGAAGGAUAUUGCGUCGAGACUGGUUCCGACGUGUGGCAAAUCGGAAUGCUUGUGUUCAUAGGACUUACAGCAAGAUUUCCAUGGGAAAAGGCCGAUAUCACAGAUCCGCGCUUCAACGAGUUCAUGGAAUGGCAAAAACGCAAAACAACCCGAACGCCCAAAGAGUUCAAGCGAUUCUCACCACGUUUGCUGAGGAUGUUUCGACGGCUGCUCGAGCAGAAGCCGAAAAACCGUUAUGAAGUGACAGAGGUGAACAAAUAUUUCGACGACCGUUGGCUGAUGAACCGGUCGCCUCGAACGAGCAAAGUAGCUGAGAUGUACGAGCAAACGGGAGGCAGCGGCGCGCAUCUCUUGUCCCCCCACGAUCCAGCGGGGGGAUCACAUUCUCGGAAGAAUUCCUGGACGUACAAGUCAAGAGAUGCAACACCUUCUCCCAUCAAUUGACCGCUCCUUCUGAGUCUCCAGUGCGACGUCUGACGUCGCAGUCGGAAACAACGAGGACGACGACGGCGAUGCUGAACGAAUACGAACGAAAUAACUACAUCUGUACAAGGCUUACAUAAUCCAAUAUGCAUACAAAAGAGAGCGAAAGCUGCUAAUAGACCUGCGAAAAAGGAGAGUUCGUCCGACGUUUUCGGACAAACCCGCCAAUCGAGUCCCUAGAAAAGCUACUAUUUUAGAGAGAAUUUAUUCGAGAUGGCUCUUCGAUGGUCAUCCUCUGUUAUGAAGCUAGAUUUUUAGCUCUGGCGAAUACAAUGUUUCAGUGAAUGUUAUCUUCUU